UGUGACUUCCCUUCUCACAUCUCACCACCGCAUUAUCUGAAUAAAGUUAAUUAUACACUUUCCAACAUGGUCAGCGAGCAAUCGAUUGACGAAGCAACCGCAAUCGGCGGUAACGAACCUUUCCUGGGACUACUGGACGUGGCCCUACUCGUGGUAUUUAUUGGUGCAGCUGCAUUUUACUUCCUGCGCAGCCGCAAGAAGGAAGAGGAGCCGUCUCGGAGCUAUUCCAUUCAACCAACAACAGUGUGCACCACCAGUGCAGCUGACAAUUCAUUCGUCAAGAAACUCAAAGCCUCCCAACGCAGCCUAGUCGUUUUUUAUGGCUCGCAGACUGGAACUGGUGAAGAGUUCGCCGGCCGCUUGGCUAAGGAGGGUAUUCGUUAUCGACUCAAAGGCAUGGUUGCCGAUCCUGAGGAAUGUGAUAUGGAGGAGCUGCUGCAGCUAAAAGACAUUUCUAAUUCCUUGGCAGUUUUCUGCCUAGCUACCUACGGCGAGGGAGAUCCCACGGAUAACGCCAUGGAGUUCUACGAGUGGAUAACAAACGGUGAUGUCGACCUGACCGGGCUAAAUUACGCAGUCUUUGGCUUGGGAAACAAGACAUACGAGCACUAUAACAAGGUGGCUAUCUAUGUGGAUAAGCGGCUGGAGGAACUGGGCGCCAAUAAAGUCUUUGAACUAGGACUGGGAGACGAUGAUGCCAACAUCGAGGAUGACUUUAUCACGUGGAAGGACCGUUUUUGGCCCGCAGUGUGCGAUUAUUUCGGCAUCGAGGGCGGCGGCGAAGAAGUGCUCAUCCGUCAAUACCGUCUUCUUGAACAACCAGAUGUUCAGCCUGACCGCAUCUACAAGGGAGAGAUCGCCCGACUGCACUCUAUGCAGAACCAGCGUCCGCCCUUCGACGCCAAAAAUCCCUUCCUGGCACCCAUCAAGGUAAACCGAGAGCUUCAUAAGGGCGGCGUACGGUCCUGCAUGCACAUAGAAAUGAGCAUCGAUGGUUCCAAAAUGCGGUAUGACGCUGGCGAUCACGUGGCUAUGUACCCUGUUAACGACAAGAGCUUGGUGGAGAUACUCGGUCAGCUGUGCAGCGCCAAUCUGGACACUGUGUUCUCGCUGAUAAACACCGAUACGGACAGCAGCAAGAAACACCCAUUCCCUUGUCCUACUACCUAUCGCACAGCUCUGACACAUUAUUUGGAAAUUACUGCCAUACCAAGAACCCACAUUCUCAAGGAGCUUGCCGAGUAUUGUACAGACGAGAAGGAUAAGGAGCUGCUGCGCAACAUGGCCUCUAUUAGUCCGGAAGGAAAGGAGAAGUAUCAAAGCUGGAUCCAAGACGCGUGCCGCAACGUUAUCCACAUUCUGGAAGAUGUCAAGUCCUGCCGCCCUCCCAUAGACCACGUCUGCGAGCUGCUACCCCGGUUACAGCCCCGUUACUAUUCCAUCUCCUCUUCUGCUAAACUACAUCCCACAGAUGUGCAUGUUACAGCCGUCCUAGUAGAAUAUAAGACUCCAACAGGACGUACCAAUAUGGGAGUGGCCACUACUUAUUUGAGGGAUAAGCAACCCCAGAGCGGCGAGAAAGUAAAGGUGCCGAUAUUUAUUCGCAAGUCGCAGUUCCGUCUACCUACGAAGCCUGAGACGCCUAUCAUAAUGGUAGGACCGGGCACGGGUUUGGCCCCUUUUCGUGGUUUCAUUCAGGAACGACAGUACCUGCGCGAUGAGGGCAAGAGCGUCGGCGAGUCGAUCCUCUACUUUGGCUGUCGUAAGCGCAGCGAGGACUACAUCUACGAAGCCGAGUUGGAGGAGUGGGUUAAGAAGGGUACACUUAACUUGAGGGCCGCUUUUUCUCGUGACCAGUCAAAUAAGGUUUAUGUACAGCACCUGCUUGAACAGGAUGCAGAUUUAAUAUGGGACGUGAUUGGCGAGAGCAAAGGGCACUUCUACAUAUGCGGUGAUGCGAAGAACAUGGCGGUGGACGUAAGAAACAUUUUAAUGAAGAUUCUGUCCACUAAAGGAAACAUGAGCGAGGUUGACGCCGUGCAGUAUAUAAAGAAGAUGGAGGCUCAGAAGCGCUACUCGGCCGAUGUCUGGAGCUAAUCUGAUCCAAAAGCCAAUCGAAAUUCGUAGUUUUCUAUUUCAUUGUAAAAUGUAAGCGUAAUUUUUGGUUUGGGAACUGCUUUGUGCAGUUCAACAAUCAAAUGAGGAAUGAUUAAAUAUACCUAGUUUAAAUGACUCUGCUUAGAGGGACAAACUAUGACCGAAUCUAAGAAACGAAAUGAGCAAAGUAACAAGUUAUCGAUUUAAGUAGCUUUGUACAAGUGCAGAUUAGAUUGAGUCCAUUUUAAGAGCAUUUUAUUUUGUAUCCUUUUGGUGAUUGCAACACAAAAACAAAACAUGUGCAAUUUUAGAAAUGACACUUAUAAAUAAAAAAAUACCGUUGAAGUUUCUUAUGGCUGGAUAACCCA